AUAAAAAUUUAGUUCUUUCUAACAAUUGAGGAAAGCAUUUUUUUUCUACUCUCCCCUUACCUUAUUCUGAGUUCUAACAUAAUUGAACUCAGGAUUAAAAAUGCUGUCUAAUAUUUUGUAUAUUUUACCCAUGUUAUUGGGACGGACAUUCGACGCUCGAUAUGAUAGAGUUGGUAUCGAUAUUUUCCCUCAAUCGGAAAUUGAUCAAGCAAGAAUACUACCUGAACAGGAAACUUCCUCCAGAUAUCAAACUACAGCUUCCGAAGAUGAUUUGAGAGAUUUAUUGGACGUAUCGGCAGAUUUGGCGCUGAAAGUAAAAGCUGGAAAAGUGGAUUUUAAAGGAACUGGGACUUAUUUAAGGGAUACCCAGAAAGUGGGAAAGACAGUUGAAAUUUUGACUAGGAUGAAAUUUACAACAUAUACUGUAGCACUGUCAGCAAAUCCCAAGCCUUUUCCAACCUGGAUACAUCGAAACAAGCAUGAUCUGGGUACUCAUUAUGUAAGGAGUGUGUCCUAUGGUGGAGAACUUCUGGCCUCUAUUCGAUUCAAGGCUAACAAGGAAACUGAUAUGAAUACCAUCCAAGCCGAAAUUAAAAAUAAUUUCAUUGGCGGGAAUGCCACAGGUCUUGUAGCAGAUGGAAAACUGGAGUCUGUGCAGAGUCGAUUAAAGGACAAAGCAUCCAUGGAAAUCUCGUACUACGCUACCGUGCCACUGAAGAACGUACCCAACACCAUCGAUGGUCUAAGAAGUCUAGUGAAAGGCUUCGACCAGCACGUCAAAGAAGUGAACAAUGGUUGGGGAGUGCCUAUUAGAGUCGAACUGGUGGAGUUGUCACGUCUGCAGAACGCCAAUGAUUCGUUUGAUUUCUUAAAGAACACAGCAUUGGAGGCCAAGCUAAGGGAGUUAGAAUAUGAAUUUGACGAUUUAAGAGAAGCCUAUUCUAUGAUGACCGAUUGGUAUAGAUCUCUUCCUACAUCUAUCAAUCCUCAACAAGAAGGCGAGAUCAACAGUUUGUACAAUAGAGUAUUGAAAGUUCUGAGACUUUAUUACGACAGCAUUGGGAAGUUGAACAUUGAAGAAGGACCAGAUUCUCAAAUAGGACCAGCACAGGAAGCUUACAAAGAAGGAAAAUUUUCUGUUCUGCCAGGAAAAUUUUCAAAAGAGUUCAGAAGACUGAAAAAGAAAAUUAUAGUCCAUGAAAAGAAAAUGUACGGAACUGGUACCGGUACAUACAUUCGAUGGGGAACCAAGUCUUGUCCAGAAACUCCAAUGAUCUAUCAACUGAGCACGGGUUUCAUGUCUGCUACCACUAACCGAGGUACUGGAGGAGGGUCUGACUACCUAUGCUUGCCCGACGAACCAGAAUUCAAAGACCAAGAUCCAUCUUUUGGAAGUGAUUCAUCUACUCAUGUCGCUGGUACCAAGUACGGACUGAUGGACGAGCAUCCAUUUGAGGAACAUGAUGUUAGGUCCUACUUUGGAAGGGGUGUUCCUUGCUCCACUUGUCACCUGACAAACAGGACCCUGAUACACGUAUUUCCAGCAGCUGAUGAAUGUCCGGAAGAUUGGAUAACCGAAUAUUCUGGAUACCUAAUGUCCGGAUCAAACUUGCCAGGAACGCAUAUUUGUAUGGAUGAAAAACCUGAGUCCUAUGAACAGAAUACAGAAGAACAACAAUCGCAUACUUUGUCCAUCGUCCAUGUAUCUGAAAUAGAGGGUGGACUUCCUAAACCUCCUUACAGGGGCAAAGCCGCUGUACAAUGCAUCGUUUGUUCGAAGUGAUGAGUGAUUAAUAAAUGUCUUUACAUGAUACAAA